CGAGUGUUUCAAAAUGUCAGCGGAUAUUAUCUUUGCCGUAGACUCUUCUCACAGCAUUCGAUCCGACGACUACCACCGCCAACUGUCAUUUCUCAAAGCCAUCGUUGACAAGUUCACCAUCGGUCAGAAUCAGAUCCAAGUUGGUGUGGUUUCCUUUGCAUCAUCAGUACGGCUUGACGUCAAGCUGAACGACUUCAAUAACAGUAGAGAUCUGAAGAUAGCAAUUGGCAACAUCAAGCAGUUAGAUAGUGGCACGAACACUCAGGACGCUAUCCAUUUCAUCCAUAGCUUUCUGUAUGAGCCACAGAACGGUGGACGCCCAUGGGCCAAGAAGCAGAUGGUUGUGAUAACCGACGGGUUGUCUUCCAACCUCAGUGCUACUCUGCUAGAAGCUUCAAUAGCUAGAAGUAAAGGGAUUGAGGUCUUCAGUGUCUUGGUUGGGGAAGGGAUUGAUGAUUUCGAGACCAGAGCAAUUGCCAGUGAUCCGAAAGAACACCAUGUUUUCAGAGUUGAGGAUUACAAAGCGCUGAUGAGCAUUCAGAAAUCGUUGAGCAGUGCUGCCUGUCAAAGUAAGUUGCUACCAAUCUGUGACGCCACAUUUAUAUUUGUUUCACCAGGAUGCAAGAGUAGCUCUGCCGAUGUGAUAUUUUUAAUGGACAGCUCCAGUAGUAUCUGGAAGCCGGACUUCAACAAACAAAUCAAGUUCCUUCAACAAGUGAUCUCAAGCUUUACAAUCGGAAAACAUGCGACUCGAGUUGGUGUAAUCGCCUACAGUGAUGCUCCAAUCACACUAGUCAGUCUUUCAGAUAAACAAACGCACGAGUAUAUCCAUCAAGCCUUAGCAAAUGCGCCGUAUAUUACAGGAGGUACUAAUACUGCAUUUGCUAUCAAACACGCCAGAAAACUCUUUAAAUCCAGUGGGGGUGCAAGAUACGACGCUGCCCAUGUCAUCAUAAUCCUUAGUGAUGGCCAAUCAAACAACUUGAAAGAGACAAUAGCUGAAGCAAGCCACGCCCAUUCAGAUGGCGUAUACAUAUUUUCUAUCGGGAUUGGAAACAAAACUGAGGCCGAAGAACUGAUGGCUUUAGCAAGUGACCCCGAUGACCAGUUCGUUUUCCACGUCAAUGAUUAUGAAGCCCUGUCUGAAAUUAAAGAGCUGCUGGCCAUAAAAACUUGCGAUGAUGACUGUCCAGCCUUACCAACUGAUGCUGUCUUCAUUUAUGAUACAACGGCACUCAGUCGUUACCACCACGACUACGUUAUCAAGGUCAUUACCGAAAUCACAGAGUCCAAAAUACUCAAUAGUGAAAACCUCAGAGUUGGCGUUAUGCGUGAGACUUUCAAUGAACCGGUCUCCCCCCUUCACGAUAUUGAACUGACCAACGAAUGGACACAGUCCGACUUCAAAACCCAGUUAGAUCCUGACUCCCGAACAGCGUCUGCUGAUCUGCUGUUUAGAAAAGCGCGCCACAAUUACUUUCAUCCCACAAUUCAUUUUGACAACAUAUCCAGCAAAAGAACAAUUAUCUUAUUUUUAGACUCGCUUUUGAAAAAUCCAAACGGAGCAGCACUGGAAGCAAUGCGGCUUCGAAGGUCACAUGUGAACAUUGUUGUGGUGACUCUUGGAAAACACACAAGAAGGACAGAGGUUGAAAGACUGGCGUCUUCCCCUCAUGACACGCAUGUGAUUGCCAUUCCCAGCCUUGAAGAUUACCCAGUUGAAUCAGUCGUAUCAAAACUUACAGAUAUUUUCUGUGUGCCAGAAACAAGCACAUAA